AUGCAGUCAUCAAAGACACCAUCAGCUCCAGUCUCCCCUACUACUACCUCAUGGAUCCAAAGUGCCAUCGCCUCAAUCGGCUCUAUUUUGAAACCUUCCUCCAAGGAAGACGAGUCUGAAUCCGACGCGAUCUCCGGAUGGGUUGGGGCGAGAAGGCGACGCUGUCGGUCUGUCGGGGAGGCUCGUUGA